AUGGGGAAUUCAGUCGCGGAGCCCCUCAGCUGCGUGCGAUGCAAGGAGCCCCUGGUGAUGGGCCACGCCUACGAGCUUGGGGGAGACAGGUGGCACACACACUGUUUUUCCUGCUAUAAGUGCGACAAACCACUGAGUUGUGACUCGAACUUUCUCGUUUUGGGCACAGGCGCGUUGAUCUGUUACGCGUGCUCAGACUCUUGUAAGAGUUGUGGUAAAAAAAUUGACGAUUUAGCCAUCAUCCUGGCAUCUUCAAACGAGGCGUAUUGCUCGGACUGCUUCAAAUGUUGCAAGUGCGACGCCAAAAUCGAGGACCUCCGCUACGCGAAGACAAAGCGCGGGCUGUUUUGCAUAGCAUGCCACGAGCGUCUGCUCGAAAAAAGGAAAAACUAUGAGGAGCGCAAGCGACGGCACAAGAAACAGCUUCCCUUGAUACCACCUGGCGGCAGCAUGCUGGAUCUGAACGCAGAGGAUGUGCCUCAGACGGAACCUCAGACAGAACCCGACAUUGUUAUACCUGCGAGGUCAAAUCAGAGACCCAUGUCCCCUAUCAAAGACUUGGGACUGCGAACCCCCGCAUUUUUGAAAGAAGAUACGUCCGUCAAUUCUUCGCCUAAUGAUCAUCGCCAUCUCAUAUCCAGUGUUUCGUCACUAGCCGUUCCUUUAGAUUUCUCAGCUGCGACAUCGCCUGCGGGGGAGGUACCCAUAAUCGGCGAAAAACACAAUGCAAGUGACUUUGCUCUCAACAAGAGCAUAAUUCGUAGCAAUUCUGAGAGUGUCAUGGCUCAAUUCUUAAUCGAUGGCGACUAUGUGAGCACUGCAGAGGAAGAAUCCGUGAAGCGAGAGCAGGGUGAGAUGCUAGACGCCAGUAAGAGCAGUGAAGAGGGCACCGUGAUGGUUAACACGCCGAAGAAGACUCACAGAAGUCAACUAUCAAUUGACGACAUGCUGCAACAUACCCUGGAGAGCGAUGGAUACACAGAGAAUAAAAAUGAAAACGAGGAACAGCACUUGCUGGGCCUGCCUAAAGAACAGAAAAAGAUUCUUCUAAACCGGACGCCCUUGCGCAAUUCAAAGGAAGAGAACGUUAAUAAAUCUCCUACCGCGUACCGGCAGGGUCUAAUUUUGGAUGACGAAGAUGUUAUGAAUGCACUGAACUCGCCGGCUCGGGUUAAAGCUCAGGAAAUGUCUCCAAGAUCAGGUCUGGGAAUCGUGAAUAGUCUAGAUUUUGCUGCGGGAAGUGCCGAAGACGAGGUAAUUGGUCUUUCCUACGAAAAAAUGGUGCCUAAGGAGAGAAGUUCAGAGUCAGCAACCUCGCAAGGAUCGCGGUCACCUUCAAUGCACAGUCACCAACGGAGGACUUCGGGCGGUAAUGCCAAGAAGCUGGGCAGAUCCCUCUCUUUGAGGUCAAAAAGCAUAAUGAUGAAUUUGAGACCAAAAUCGAAAGAUUCAGACUCGAAUGGAACCGCACAAAAAGGUGGAGAUCAAGAUACACAUUCUGGGUGGGGCGUCACAACUCAAACUUUCCCAGAAGCUCCUUCUCCAAAAGGGCGGAUUGUGUCGAAACAUCCAAGCGAUAGCACAGUCUAUCCGUCUGCUGGCCGUAGUAGUUUGGAUUCCGGGCUGCACAAAAGGUCCACAAGUGGUGCUAACGGCGCAGUAUCUGUCUUUCGUACUCCUCCGUUAGAUACACAGGCAUCGUUUUCUAAAAGUGUGUCGUCGCACAACAAAAACCCAUCCAUGGGUACUGUACAGAUAGAAGAAGCCGAUGAAGAGAGCGAAAGUACACCAACUAACGAUCAGUUUUUAAAAAAGGACUUGUGGCACAUGGAACUUGCUCUUCGCCGGUUGAAGCUUGAAAUCAAUCAACUUGAAUCUACAAGAAAUCAAUUAAUGCAUGAUGUCGAUUCUCUCAAAUCGACCAAAUCAGCCUUGCAAGACGAAAUGCAUAGUUUGAGAGUUGAAAAGGACAUGAACAGCAGCGCUCUCGAACCUGUCGACUCUUACGAGCGCGAAAACUUCGAAGAAUCGUCAGAUAGACAGGAUGCAACAGCCAGUGUAGCUACGACAGCAAAGCCCAAGUUUUGGAAGCUGUUUUCUGGAAAUAGGCCCAACGCUAGCUACUCUAACGGGUCUAAUAAAUUGGACAUAUCACCACCAGUCCUUCAAAACCCGAACGAGUUCAAUGACGUCAAGUUUUUGCCGGUGCAAAAUAAGUCUCGGACUUCAUCAUCAUCGCCUCCAGCAGCUAAAGACGGAAGAACGUUAUAUGGAUCAACACUGGUUGCACGCUGCACUUACGAAAAAAAUGAGAUGCCAAUGAUUGUCACCACAUGUAUUAAGCAUAUUGAAUCUAGCGAAGAUUACCUCAAGAGCGAUGGGCUGUACCGGAAAUCAGGUAGCCAGGUUCUGAUUGAACAGAUUGAAACGGAUUUUGCGCAAAGCAAUCCUAAUGAGCUGAUAUCUGAAACUUUGAGAGCUGAGCUACGCCAGGAUAUCCACGCCGUGAGUGGUGUUCUGAAAAGGUACCUGAGGAAACUUCCAAACCCGAUUUUUACUUUUCAAGUGUAUGAGCCGCUGAUGGCUCUUGUCCGAGAUAGCAAUUUGGUCAAUGAACUGCCUCUAAAAGCCGCGAACAAUGAUGAAUACCAGGGUGUGUUCCAGGCUACAAUCAAGCAGUUAACAAAGAUUCUAUGCCAAAUGCCACCGCAGCAUUAUACCCUAUUGAAAGUCUUGGUUGAACACUUAGAGAAAGUUGCUCGCCAUAGCGAUGACAACCUCAUGAAUCUGCAUAACCUUUCUCUGGUAUUUACACCUGGCCUUAUUCGCGACUUCAGCGGCGAAAAGGACAUAUCUGAUAUGAGGGAGCGCAAUUACCUGGUGGCAUUUGUACUGGCAAACCACCGGUCCCUUUUCGAAUGA